CACGCUCAAUUGCCCAUGCAUUGAUGCAACAAAAUUCCACCCCAUCCCGGCCACCUUGAUGUUGCUAUACAUGUCCGGCCCGCCCUAGCUCCCAAAAUCCCGGAGCUUCCUCAGACGAAUUACCAUCGCUCAAGUCAUGUGGGUGGCGGAUGUUCAACGUUCAUCCUUCGUCCCAAUUACGGCACUAGCUCUGUCAUACCCAGUCUCUUCCUGAUGACGAGAUAGAAGGAAUUGCCGCCUCCUCUCUCUGCCUGGCACCAGUACUAGUCAACCUGCGCAUCCUUUUGACACUGACUUGAAAGCAAUUUGUCUUGACGACCCUCCAUUCGUCCUUACCUGACGUAUGGUCCUUACGAUCUCUGAAGGGUUCGGAGCAUAUCUUUCUGGCAUCGUCUUGGCGAAUAUAGUUCUAGGCAUAAACACCGUGCAAGCUUUUCAUUAUUUUGCCCGAUUCAAGCAGGAUAGCUUGGGAAAGAAAAUAUCUGUGAUCGUUUUCCUUCCGUACGUUCCAACUCAAGUCCUGACUGCCCGUCUGUGGCGCAAGGUCGUUCUUCUCCCGUCCAUCCAAGCUUUCCAAUUAGGCUGCCAAGCUUGGGCUUUUUGGUGGAGCCUGGUGGAGAAUGAUGGAAAUAGCGACAUUAUCAUUCACCCCAUCUGGGCCUUGCAAGUUUUCGAAGCAACGUGCACAUCCACGUCCGCCAUUGUGCAAUCGCACUUUGUGCGACGGAUCUUCGAGAUGGUGCGGAACCCCUGGAUGCCUUGUCUUAUCGCCUUCAUGAUAUGCGUAAAACUUGGUUUUGGGAUCACUAUCAUUAUCAUGUGGUAUAUACAUCCCGAUUUAAACUGGUUCAUGAUACACCGCACUUGGAUUUUGCGGUGUUUCGUGUUUUCGGACGUCGCAGUGGACUCCAUGAUAGCUUCUUCGCUUUGCAUAAUCAUGAUGAGACGUCAUGGGUACAUCCAAACGGACACGAGACUUGUUACGCGUCUCAUUAGUUAUGCCAUGAGCAGUGGUGUUAUCACAAGUGCCUUUUCGCUCACGGUUCUUGGAAUCACCUUCCAUCAUAUUACGUACCCUCUUUUGAUGCUUGGCUCAACAUACGCCGGACUUUAUAGUUUCGUGUUAUUAACGAGGUCAGCCACACAUCACCUCGAUUUCAAUUUCUCAAUAUUGUGCAACAGCCUUCAUUUCCGUCCGACGCCCCCCGCCCAUAACAUUGUUCCGAGAACGACGAUUUCUUACGCUCCGCCCAGAGUCCAGCCACUAAAUUACUUUCCACCAGGACCACCUACUCCUCCGCUCAGUCAAAUAUCUAUCUCCAGUACACGAGACUCAAGAUCAGCUCCCGAAGGCACUGGAAAGGUUGCGAACCAUUCAAAGGGGAAGAAUGUAGAACGCCAGAGCGGCUAUCGCUCUUCGCCCAGUUCCCGACUCGGAUGGAGUCCAAGUACUCGAUGGUUCGAUUCAUCGCAUGCGCAUUCAUCUGUCACGAGUGGCAGUGAUUCAAUGGAACUUCGAGAUGUGGAAAGGGGCACACGGAGAUUCAAGGGAAAAGGUCCAGCAACAUCGUUCAAGUCUUGGAGCACACCUUCCACUUCUGCAAUCAGUCGAAGCACUCGAUUCGAUGAGUCAAUGAUUCAUGCUUCGUCAAGUAGGUUCUCCCGAGAAUGAACCCGCUAUCAUCAAUUCAUCCGCCGUGUCACAAGCAUGUGUACUCUGAUCCUAAUUAGCCUCGUUUCCUCAACUGUCAUCCUCGAUGUUCUCGAUUUCGUUCAUCCACUCUUUCUCCCCUCUCAGAGCUGGGCGUACUUUUAUCGCUUUUUGGGUUGCAUUUGUCCCGUGAGGGUUCCUCUCGUUCUUCUUGGCUUUGAUACCACAUAAAUGGACGUUAUAAGCAUUUCUCCCCCAACCCAAUGAAUUCUGUAAUACUGC